AAGCCUGUUUACAACUUCUACACAUGUUAUUUUGUUUAUUAUAAUCUUAAAUUGUACUCUCCAAAGUUCUCCCUCUUCUCCUGACUCUUUGCUUCUUAUCUUUUGUAUAAACUCACUGGUGGAUUAAAAAGAAACAUGCUAAGAAAGUAGUAUUUUGAUCACUUCCAUCUCAUUUCCCUUGUAGUUGUUGCUUGUAUAGCUGUUGCUUUGUCUGGUUAUUUCUUCAUUGUAAAAUUUGUUUUUAUUUUCUUCAUCGAGCUGAUAAUGUUGUCCUGUUCAAUGGAUGGUUGGCCACAUCUCCGGAAAAAAAAUCCCCCUGCCCUCAUGAGUACUUAGGUGCUCUUUAAAAAAAUAUGUUGUUUGUGGAGUUUGUCCAUGUCUUUGCCUGAUCCACUUGUGAUCAACAUUGAAAGUUGUAGUGGGAGGACUAUUGAUUAUGUUGUUGAAUUUAACUUUUAUGAUAUGUUCUUCAACCCGAUUUCAGAAGAAGGAGAAAGUCUGAUUUCUAUAAAAGAGCCAUGAAGCCUUGCCUGGUAAUAUCUACCAUUAUGUAGAGAACAAAGUUAGCAAUUCCUUCCCUAAGGAUGCCACAGUAGGAAUCCACCUGUCCUAUAAAUGACAAAAGAGGGUUGGUUUUUCAUAUGGAUUCUUUCUGCUACUUUUCAUUAUGAUAGAGUUACCUACUUUAUUCUUCCUCUCAGGCCUUUUAAUUAGCCCAGCAUCCUUUCUCGUUGCAUUGUACCCAUAUCAGCUCUCUUCGCCUUCGUCCAUGCACGAUGAUCUCAACGGAGCUGAAUGCAAAGCCAUUCUUCAUUUGCAUCUAUAUUUCCUUUCUUCUUUUCCUUGGUCAUUACUGUUCUUCCCAGAAAACUUGUCCUAGCUGUGGUUCCAUAGAGGUCCCAUAUCCUCUAAGCACACACCCUAACUGCGGUGACCCAGGCUAUUCUCUUCGUUGUGAUUCCCAGUCUCAGAAACUUUACUUUGAAGCCUUGAACGGAAGUUCUUACCUUGUCACUAGAAUCAUGGCUUCAUUUCAACGCAUGGUUGUUCAACCAUCACCAUGGCUGCCUGGCAAAUGUGUAACCCAAGACAUGCUUGUGAGUGAGGGCCUCUGGUUAAAUCAAACACUCCCUUUUAACAUCACUUCCUCAAACACCAUCUUUCUUUUCAACUGUUCACCCCGCCUUUUGGUCUCUCCUCUUAACUGCACUCCGACCAGUCUUUGUCACCAUUAUUUGGAGAGCUCUGGACAUAUUGAAGCGAAACGAGCACUGCAGUGUGCAAGUGGACCUGAUCCAUGCUGCACCUUCAUUGCCGGUGGGAUGCCUUCAGCUUACAAAAUACGGCUUCACAGUUCAGGUUGUAAAGCUUUCAGAAGCAUCCUUCAUUUGGAUCCAGAAAAGCCCGCAGAUGAAUGGGAAGAGGGGUUGGAAAUUCAGUGGGCUCCUCCGCCUGAACUUGUCUGUCAAAGCCAACUGGAUUGCUCUGGGGCUUCUAAAUGUUCACCUUCCGGUGCAAACAGCCUCUCUCGAUGUCUUUGCAAUAAGGGCUACAACUGGGACCCUGUUCUUGGAAAAUGCUUGAGAAAGAAGAAAAACACUAGAGCUAGCGUCAUCAUAAAGGUAAUUGUAGGAGUAAUCUCCAUUUUCACACUAGCUCUGGCAACUGCUGCAAUUACUUUCCGAAAAUCCUGGAAAAAUUCUAACCAGGCAAAGCUCAUGAAGGCAAGAGAAGACAUGUUGAAAUCAAACAAUAGUGGCAAACCAGCUAAGAUUUUUCGAUUGAAAGAGGUGAAAAAAGCAACAAAUGAUUUUUCUAGAGACAGGCUUCUGGGGAGUGGUGGCUUUGGGGAAGUCUACAAAGGAGAGUUUCCAGAUGGAGCUGUUGUGGCAGUUAAGUCGGCUAAAGUUGGGAACAUCAAAAGCACCCAGCAAGUUCUCAACGAAGUUGGGAUUCUUUCUCAAGUCAACCACAAGAACUUGGUUAGACUCCUUGGUUGUUGCGUGGAAGCUGAGCAACCAUUGAUCAUCUACGAGUAUAUCUCAAAUGGGACCCUACAUGAUCAUUUACAGGGAAAGUAUUCCACUUUUCUAGACUGGAAAACAAGGCUGAAAAUUGCUUUACAAACUGCUGAAGCAUUGGCCUAUCUACAUUCUGCAGCUUACACCCCCAUUUACCAUAGGGAUGUCAAGUCAACAAACAUACUAUUAGAUGAUGACUUCAAUGCAAAAGUUUCAGAUUUCGGGCUUUCCAGAUUGGCCAGCCCAGGCCUGAGCCAUGUGUCAACCUGUGCUCAGGGAACCCUUGGGUACAUGGAUCCUGAGUACUAUCGCAACUACCAGUUGACUGAUAAAAGUGAUGUUUAUAGUUAUGGAGUGGUGUUACUAGAGUUACUGACUUCCCAAAGGGCUAUUGACUUCUCAAGAGAUCAGGAUGAUGUCAAUCUAGCCAUUUAUGUUAGCCAACGGGCCAGUGAUGGUGCAAUAAUUGAAGUUGUGGAUCAGCGGCUACUUGGAAAGGAGCCGUCAGUUAAUAUUCUAAAGAGUUUUAAACUGUUCUCAGACCUUGCAUUUGCCUGUCUGAGAGAGAAGAAGGUAGAUAGGCCUGGCAUGAAGGAAGUUGUCCAAGAUAUACAGUCCAUAAUCCAAACUAUGGAUCAGGAAACUGUUGCUAAAGAGGUUAGCGUUGAGAUUAUAUAAUUAUAAAUAAACGCUGUUACUUUUUUGAGUGUUUGACUUCAAAUAAUGUUUCCAUGGAUCUCUAUAAUAUCUGAAUAUUCAUAUUGCAAAGGAAAAGAUUAGUUUAAGAGCUAUGGAGAAAAUGAUGCUAGAGGGACCUCGGUUUUAAAUAUUGCACACAAAGCAAAAGUGGAUUGAUUCCAAGGAUGGAUUUGAGUGGAUGGAAAGACAGAGAAAAAGAUUGGGAUCAGAUUCUUGCUUUUCCAUAGAAAGUAUUAGAUGGUCCAAAGGCCGAGGGACCUAAAGAUGUGGGCUGCUUUUCGGAA